UCCCCCAACACCCAUUUGCUUGAAGUCCACUUUCACCAUGAAAAACCUCAUCAUUCCUUUCCUCUUCAUCUUCUUCCUGUUCACUAUCACUAUUGCAACCCGCCUCGACCCACAGUCCGACAAGCACAACUCCAACAACAAGAAAGGUGGUCGGGAUGACAGUAGCGGCGGGUUCUUCGGACCCGGUACAGGACCCGGAUUCAACAUACCUGGAAUGGGAAACAACUGGCCCGGAAAUGGUGUGGGUGGCGGGUACGGUUCGGGUUAUGGAGGUCCGAAAGGUGGUCACUCUAAAAGUGGGGUAGUUAGUCCCACUGUGGUGUGUAAAGACAAGGGACCGUGUUACAAGAAGAAGCUGACAUGUCCGGCGAAAUGCUUCACUGCCUACAGCCGAUCCGGUAAGGGGUACGGCGGAGGUGGCGGUGGAGGUGGGUGCACCAUGGACUGCAAGAAGUGUGUGGCUUACUGUUAAGAUAUACACAUAUUAUACGUUAUGUCGUUGUCAGCUACAACACCGUGGUAGCGGCGGCGGGUGGUUGAGAUAUAGCCAGUGGCCGGUAAACUGCUUCUCUAGUAGUAUGUAACUCCCGUUUUGCCUUUUCACCGGAAGUUUGUAAUAUUUAUGUUUUAUUGUUAUUACUUAUAUAUUAUCCAUGUUAUAUUUUA